AGCUGCUGUCAAAGGUUUUUGUAGUAACAAACAAUUCUUGCUUCUUGCAUUCUGCAGUCGCAUUAACCCACUGGUCCUCAUUGUUCGUUGCUUGACAGAACUUAGGUUCACCACUGCUUUAUAUUUAAUCAAAGUUGGAUUGGUACACGUUAUCAUGACGCCUUGGUGGAAAUCAUUGGACAAUUCGGCCUUGACAGGUGAUGCAGCGAAGAUUACGUUGACCGGGGAUACGAGACUUUUGGGGAAUGCGGAACCAGCCAUCAAAAAGCUGCUUGCACGCGCUAGUGGUCAAGGUUGUAAUUGGAUAAUCCAUCCAACCGACAAUGAUGGACUCAUAUUCAUCAGAGAGACGGAUGGUCGUAUCAAUGUCUCUACAACAACCAUCAAAGAGAGAAAAAACAUCGAUGAGUUCCUGGAAUCUUGGAAUGGUAAUGUUGGAAAGCAAACGAAAAAUGAGAAGUUCCGUCUUGACCUCCAGAGUUACACGCGAGACAAAGUCUUCGUUAACUUGCAGAGGAACGAACUUCGGAGCGGGUCGAGUGGCCGCCAACAGGGAGGCGGGGGCAAUUCCUCCUCCACAACGGUGGCACAGAUUUUCAUUCCAACACAGUUGGUUGAUGAAUUGACGAAGAAGGACAAGAUUGCCGCAUUCAAGGCGAGCAUGGAUAACAAGAAAGCCGUCGUUCUAACGCUUAAAGUAAACUAGAAAGACGACACUGGUAUUGUCUGGCAACAACAUCUCAUUGACGAACCCAUACAACUGGAUUUUCGUGGAAAAUGAAAAAAAUAUAGAGAUUUUGUCAGGGAUCCCCUUUGUGAAAAGUUGAAUUGUGUCAGAAUCGUUAUUCUAUAACUACUUUGUGGCCAUAUUUUUAGCAAAAACAAACCUGCUCUUAAGGCUUCA